AUGGCUAUCGUCAGCACCACAACGGUUGCUCCAACCACCACAACGGUUGCUCCAACCACCACAACGGUUGCUCCAACCACCACAACCGUUGCUCCCACGACCACAACCGUUGCUCCAACCACCACAACCGUUGCUCCAACCACCACAACGGUUGCUCCAACCACCACAACGGUUGCUCCAACCACAACAACCGUUGCCCCAACCACAACAACCGUUGCUCCAACCACCACAACAACAGUUGCUCCAACCACCACCACAACCGUUGCUCCAACCACCACAACCGUUGCUCCAACCACCACCACAACGGUUGCUCCAACCACCACAACCGUUGCUCCAACCACCACCACAACCGUUGCUCCAACCACCACAACCGUUGCUCCCACCACCACAACCGUUGCCCCAACCACAACAACCGUUGCUCCAACCACCACAACGGUUGCUCCAACCACCACAACGGUUGCUCCAACCACCACAACCGUUGCUCCAACCACCACAACCGUUGCUCCCACCACCACAACCGUUGCUCCCACGACCACAACCGUUGCUCCAACCACCACAACCGUUGCCCCCACCACCACAACCGUUGCUCCAACCACCACAACCGUUGCUCCAACCACCACCACAACCGUUGCUCCAACCACCACAACCGUUGCUCCCACCACCACAACCGUUGCCCCAACCACAACAACCAUUGCUCCAACCACCACAACGGUUGCUCCAACCACCACAACGGUUGCUCCAACCACCACAACGGUUGCUCCAACCACCACAACCGUUGCUCCAACCACAACAACCGUUGCCACAACGGUUGCUCCAACCACCACAACCGUUGCUCCCACGACCACAACCGUUGCUCCAACCACCACAACCGCUGCUCCAACCACAACAACCGUUGCUACGACCACCACAACGGUUGCUCUAACCACCACCACGGUUGCUCUAACCACCACAACGGUUGCUCCAACCACCACAACGGUUGCUCCAACCACCACAACGGUUGCUCCAACCACCACAACGGUUGCUUCAACCACCACAAUGGUUCCCCCAAGCACCACAACCAUUGCUCCAACCACCACAACAGCUGCUCCAACCACAACAACGGUUGCUCCAACCACAACAACCGUUGCUCCAACCACAACAACCGUUGCUCCAACCACCACAACGGUUGCUCCAACCACCACAACGGUUGAUCCAACCACCACAACGAUUGCUCCAACCACCACAACCGUUGCUCCCACGACCACAACCGUUGCUCCAACCACCAAAACCGCUGCUCCAACCACAACAACCGUUGCUACGACCACCACAACGGUUGCUCCAACUACCACAACGGUUGCUCCAACCACCACAACGGUUGCUCCAACCACCACAACGGUUGCUCCAACCACCACAACGGUUGCUCCCACGACCACAACCGUUGCUCCAACCACCACAACCGUUGCUCCCACGACCACAACCAUUGCUCCAACCACCACAACAGCUGCUCCAACCACAACAACGGUUGCUCCAACCACAACGGUUGCUCCAACCACCACAACAGUUGCUCCAACCACCACAACCGUUGCUCCAACCACCACAACGGUUGCUCCAACCACCACAACGGUUGCUCCAACCACCACAACAGUUGCUCCAACCACCACAACCAUUGCUCCCACGACCACAACCGUUGCUCCAACCACCACAACCGUUGCUCCAACCACCACAACCGUUGCCCCCACCACCACAACCGUUGCCCCCACCACCACAACUGUUGCUCCAAUCACAACAACUGUCUCUCCAACCACAACAACCGUUGCUCCAACCACCACAACGGUUGCUCCAACCACCACAACGGUUGUUCCAACCACCACAACGGUUGCUCCCACGACCAUAACCGUUGCUCCAACCACCACAUCCGUUGCUCCAACCACCACCACAACCAUUGCUACAUCCACCACAACCGUUGCUCCAACCACAACAACCGUUGCUCCAACCACCACAACCGUUGCUCCAACCACAACAACCGUUGCUCCCACGACCACAACCGUUGCUCCCACGACCACAACCGUUGCUCCAACCACCACAACCGUUGUUCCAACCACCACAACGGUUGCUCCCACGACCACAACCGUUGCUCCAAUCACCACAUCCGUUGCUCCAACCACCACCACAACCAUUGCUACAUCCACCACAACGGUUGCUCCAACCACCACAACGGUUGCUCCAACCACCACAACGGUUCCUCCAACCACCACAACCGUUGCUCCCACGACCACAACCGUUGCUCCAACCACCACAACGGUUGCUCCAACCACCACAACGGUUGCUCCAACAACCACAACGGUUGCUCCAACCACCACAACGGUUGCUCCAACCACCACAACCGUUGCUCCCACGACCACAACCGUUGCUCCAACCACCACAACCGCUGCUCCAACCACAACAACGGUUGCUCCAACCACCACCACAACCGUUGCUCCAACCACCCCAACCAUUGCUCCCAACACCACGACCGUUGCCCCAACCACAACAACCGUUGCUCCAACCACCACAACGGUUGCUCCAACCACCACAACAGUUGCUCCAACCACCACAACGGUUGCUCCAACCACCACAACGGUUGCUCCAACCACAACAACCGUUGCUCCCACGACCACAUCCGUUGCUCCAACCACCACAACCAUUGCUCCAACCACAACAACCGUUGCUCCAACCACCACAUCCGUUGCUCCAACCACAACAACCGUUGCUCCAACCACCACAACCGUUGCUCCAACCACCACAACCGUUGCUCCAACCACCACAACCAUUGCUCCCACGACCACAACAUUUGCUCCCACGACCACAACCGUUGCUCCGACGACCACAACCGUUGCUCCGACGACCACAACCGUUGCUCCGACCACCACAACGGUUGCUCCGACCACCACAACGGUUGCUCCGACCACCACAACGGUUGCUCCAACCACCACAACCGUUGCUCCCACGACCACAACCGUUGCUCCAACCACCACAACCGUUGCUCCAACCACCACGACAACCGUUGCUCCGACCACCACAACGGUUGCUCCAACCACCAAAACGGUUGCUCCAACCACCACAACCGUUGCUCCUACGACCACAACCGUUGCUCCGACCACCACAACGGUUGCUCGGACCACCACAACGGUUGCUCCAACCACAACAACGGUUGCUCCAACCACCACAACCGUUGCUCCCACGACCACAACCGUUGCUCCAACCACCACCACAACCGUUGCUCCAACCACCACCACAACCGUUGCCCCCACCACCACAACCGUUGCUCCAACCACAACAACCGUUGCUCCAACCACAACAACCGUUGCUCCAACCACCACAACGGUUGCUCCAACCACCACAACGGUUGCUCCAACCACCACAACCGUUGCUCCCACGACCACAACCGUUGCUCCAACCACCACAACCGCUGCUCCAACCACAACAACCGUUGCUACGACCACCACAACGGUUGCUCCAACUACCACAACGGUUGCUCCAACCACCACAACGGUUGCUCCAACCACCACAACGGUUGCUCCAACCACCACAACGGUUGCUCCAACCACCACAACGGUUGCUUCAACCACCACAACGGUUCCCCCAAGCACCACAACCGUUGCUCCCACGACCACAACCGUUGCUCCAACCACCACAACCGUUGCUACCACGACCACAACCGUUGCUCCAACCACCACAACCGCUGCUCCAACCACAACAACGGUUGCUCCCACGACCACAACCGUUGCUCCAACCACCACAUCCGUUGCUCCAACCACCACCACAACCAUUGCUACAUCCACCACAACGGUUGCUCCAACCACAACAACCGUUGCUCCAACCACAACAACCGUUGCUCCAACCACAACAACCGUUGCUCCAACCACCACAACGGUUGCUCCAACCACCACAACGGUUGCUCCAACCACCACAACGGUUGCUCCAACCACCACAACCGUUGCUCCCACGACCACAACCGUUGCUCCAACCACCACAACCGCUGCUCCAACCACAACAACCGUUGCUACGACCACCACAACGGUUGCUCCAACCACCACAACGGUUGCUCAAACCACCACAACGGUUGCUCCAACCACCACAACGGUUGCUCCAACCACAACAACCGUUGCUCCAACCACAACAACCGUUGCUCCAACCACAACAACCGUUGCUCCAACCACCACAACCGCUGCUCCAACCACAACAACCGUUGCUACGACCACCACAACAGUUGCUCCGACCACAACAACGGUUGCUCCCACGACCACAACUGUUGCUCCAACCACCACAACUGUUUCUCCAACCACCACAACCGUUGCUCCAACCACCACAACCGUUGCUCCAACCACAACAACCAUUGCUACGACCACCACAACAGUUGCUCCAACCACCACAACCGUUGCUCCCACGACCACAACUGUUGCUCCAACCACCACAACCGUUUCUCCAACCACCACAACCGUUGCCUCAACCACCACAACCGUUGCUCCAACCACCACCACAAUGGUUGCUCCAACCACCACAACGGUUGUUCCAACCACCACAACGGUUGUUCCAACCACCACAACGGUUGUUCCAACCACCACAACGGUUGCUCCUACCACCACAAUGGUUGCUCCAACCACCACAACCAUUGCUCCAACCACCACAACGGUUGCUCCAACCACCACAACAGUUGCUCCCACGACCACAACCGUUGCUCCAACCACCACAACCGUUGCUCAAACCACCACAACCGUUGCUCCUAACACCACAAAUGUUGCUCCAACCACAACAACCAUCUCUCCAACCACCACAACGGUUGCUCCAACCACCACAACGGUUGCUCCAGCCACAACAACGGUUGCUCCAACCACCACAACGGUUGCUCCCACCACCACAACCGUUGCUCCAACCACCACAACCGUUGCUCCCAUGACCACAACCGUUGCUCCAACCACCACAACCGCUGCUCCAACCACAACAACCGUUGCUUUGACCACAACAACCGUUGCUCCAACCCCCACAACCGUUGCUCCAACCAGCACAACCGUUGCUCCAACCACCACAACCGUUGCUCCAACCACCACAACCGUUGCUCCAAACACCACAACAGUUGCUGCAACCACCACAACCGUUGGCCCAACCACCACAACCGUUGGCCCAACCACCACAACCGUUGGCCCAACCACCACAACCGUUGCUCCAACCACCACAACAGUUGCUCCAACCACCACAACAGUUGCUGCAACCACCACAACAGUUGCUGCAACCACCACAACCGUUGCUCCAACCCCCACAACCGUUGCUCCAACCAGCACAACCGUUGCUCCAACCACCACAACCGUUGCUCCAACCACCACAACCGUUGCUCCAACCACCACAACCGUUGCUCCAAACACCACAACAGUUGCUGCAACCACCACAACCGUUGGCCCAACCACCACAACCGUUGGCUCAACCACCACAACCGUUGCUCCAACCACCACAACAGUUGCUCCAACCACCACAACAGUUGCUGCAACCACCACAACAGUUGCUCCAACCACCACAACCAUUGCUCCAACCACCACAACCGUUGCUCCAACCACCACAACCGUUGCUCCAACCAGCACAACCGUUGUUCCAACCACCACAACCGUUGCUCCAACCACCACAACCGUUGCUCCAACCACAACAACCGUUGCUCCAACCACCACAACCGUUGCUCCAACCACAACAACGGUUGCUCCAACAACAACAACGGUAGCUCCUACCACCACAACGGUUGCUCCAACCACCAUAACGGUUGCUCCAACCACCACAGCGGUUGCUCCAACCACCACAACGGUUGCUCCAACCACCACAACCGUUGCUCCAACCACCACAUCCGUUGCUCCAACCACCACAACAGUUGCUGCAACCACCACAACCGUUGGCCCAACCACCACAACCGUUGGCCCAACCACCACAACCGUUGGCCCAACCACCACAACCAUUGCUCCAACCACCACAACAGUUGCUCCAACCACCACAACAGUUGCUCCAACAACCACAACAGUUGCUGCAACCACCACAACCGUUGCUCCAACCACCACAAACAUUGCUUCAACCACCACAACCGUUGCUCCAACCAGCACAACCGUUGUUCCAACCACCACAACCGUUGCUCCAACCACCACAUCCGUUGCUCCAACCACCACAUUGGUUGCUCCAACCACAACAUCGGUUGGUCCAACCACAACAACGGCAGCUCCAACCACCAAAACAGUUGCUCCAACCACCAAAACAGUUGCUUCAAUGACCACAACGGUUGCUCCCACAACAACAACUGUUGCUCCAACAACAAGCACAACCAGUACCCCAGCAACUACAACAGCUACUCUAACCACCACAACAGUUGCUCCAACCACCACAACUGUUGUUUCAACCACCACAUUGGUUCCUCCAACCACCACAACUGUUGCUCCAACCACCACAACGGUUGCUUCAACCACCACAACCAUUGCUCCAUCCACCACAACCGUGUCUGAAACCACCACAACUGUUUCUUCAACAACCACAACGGUUGUUCCAACAACUGCAACAGUUGCUGCAACCACCACAACUGUUGUUCCAACCACCACAACCGUUGCUCCAACCACCACAAUUGUUGCUCCAACCACCACAACAGUUGCUCCUACGACCACAACCGUUGCUCCAACCAGCACAACCGUUGUUCCAACCACCACAACCGUUGCUCCAACCACAACAAUGGUUGCUCCAACAACAACAACGGUAGCUCCUACCACCACAACGGUUGCUCCAACCACCACAACCGUUGCUCCAACCACCACAACAGUUGCUCCUAUAACCACAACGGUUGCUCCAACCACCACAACAGUUGCUCCAACUACCACAACCGUUGCUCCAACCACCACAACAGUUGCUGCAACCACCACAACCGUUGGCCCAACCACCACAACCGUUGGCCCAACCACCACAACCGUUGCUCCAACCACCACAACAGUUGCUCCAACCACCACAACAGUUGCUCCAACCCCCACAACAGUUGCUGCAACCACCACAACCGUUGCUCCAACCACCACAAACGUUGCUCCAACCACCACAACCGUUGCUCCAACCAGCACAACCGUUGUUCCAACCACCACAAUCGUUGCUUCAACCACCACAACCGUUGCUCCAACCACCACAUUGGUUGCUCCAACCACAACAUCGGUUGGUCCAACCACAACAACGACAGCUCCAACCACCAAAACAGUUGCUUCAAUGACCACAACGGUUGCUCCCACAACAACAACUGUUGCUCCAACAACAAGCACAACCAGUACCCCAGCAACUACAACAGCUACUCUAACCACCACAACAGUUGCUCCAACCACCACAACUGUUGUUUCAACCACCACAUUGGUUCCUCCAACCACCACAACUGUUGCUCCAACCACCACAACGGUUGCUCCAACCACCUCAACCAUUGCUCCAUUUACCACAACCGUGUCUGAAACCACCUCAACUGUUUCUUCAACAACCACAACGGUUGUUCCAACAACUGCAACAGUUGCUGCAACCACCACAACUGUUGUUCCAACCACAACAACCGUUGCUCCAAUCACCACAAUUGUUGCUCCAACCACCACAACCGGUGCUACAGCCACUACAACCAUUGCUCCAUCCACCACAACCGUUACUCACUUCACCACAACCGUUUCUCCAACCACAACAAUGGUUGUUCCAACAACUGCAACAGUUUCUCCAACCACCACAACCGUUGCUCCACCCACUAAAACUGUUGCCCCAAAAACAAGCACAAACAGUACCCCAGCAACUACUACAGCUACUCUAACCACAACAACAGUUGUUUCAACCACCCCAACGGUGGCUCCAACUACCACAACCAUUGCUCCAACCACCACAACUGUUAUUUCAACUGCCACAACAGUUUCUCCAACUACAACAGCGAUUUCUCCAUCCACCACAACGGUUGCUUCAAACACCACAACGGUUGCUCCAUCCACCACAACCGUUGCUCCAUCCACCACAACGGUUGCUCCAUCCACCACAACCGUUGCUCCAUCAACCACAACCAUUACUCAAACCACCACAACCGUUUCUCCGACCACCACAACGGUUGCUCCAACCAUGACACAGGUUGCUCCAAAAACCAAUACCUCAGCAACUACAACAGCUACUCUAACCACCUCAACAGUUGUUCCAACCACCCCAACGGUUGCUCCAACCACCACAACCAUUGCUCCAGCGACCACAACCAUUGCUCCAACCACCAAAACUGUUAUUUCAACCACCACAAUGAUUUCUCCAACCACAACGAUUGCUCCAACCACCACAACCGUUGCUCCUACCACCACAACGGUUGCUCCAACCACAACAACGAUUGCUCCAACCACCACAACUGUUGCUCCAACCACCACAACGGUUGCUCCAACCACCACAAUCGUUGUUCCAACCACAACAACUAUUGCUCCAACCACCACAACUUUUGCUCCAACCACCACAACAUUUGCUCCAACCACAAGAACUGUUGCUCCAACAACAAGCACCUCCAGUACCACACCAACUACAACAGUUACUCUAACCACUACAACAGUUGCUCCAACCACCACAACCGUUUUUCCAACCACCACAAUGGUUGCUCCAACCACCACAAUGCUUGCUCCAACCACCACAACUGUUGUUCCAACCACCACAACAGUUGCUUCAACCACAACAACUGUUGCCACAACAACAAGCACAACCAGUACCCCAGCAACUACAAAAGCUACUCUAACCAGCACAACCGUUGCACCAACCACCACAACUGUUGUUCCAACCACCACGACCGUUGCUCCAACCACCACAACCAUUACUUCAACCACUACAAAUCCCACACACACCUCAGCAACCACUUCAGCAACAACUACAAUAACUCCAAAUACCCCAAGAACAUUAACAACACCACAUCAAACAUCCACUAAUUAUGUUUCAACUACCACAAGUAUUACACAGACCACAACACCAAUUCCAAUUACAACAACUAAUGCUCAAACUAGCAGAACUUUGACAAUUACCACAACACCACUUCCAACAACUAAAGCUGAUUCUCAAAUAAUCAUAACUACUGCGUCACCAACAAUAGUUGAAACAACCAAAACCAGUGCAACACCCACUUUUACAAAACCUUUAUCAACAACCACAAAUGUUGCUCCAACCACAACUAUAGCACCAACUACAUUUUCAACAACCACUGUUAUUGCUCCAACAAUUGCAACUACAACAACAACUUACAAAACCAUGACUCUGACAACUGCAACUAUCUCUCCAACAACCACAACCUUUGGUCAAACAACAACAACUAUCACUCCAAUACCUACAGUUACAGCACCAACCACAACAACACUUCUAACAAGCACAACAUUUGCUCCAACAAGCACAACAGCAUCAUCAACAACUACAACCCGUACAACAACAACUGUUCCAGUAAGAACAACUUCAGCAAUUACCAAAACUGAUGGUAGAGUUUCUACGUCUUCUUCAACAACAACAACAAAUCCUGAAAAAACUACAACAGCUUUUUCAAGAAGUACAACUAUAGUAUCACGUCAAACAACCACAACUAUUGCUCCAACAAGUACAACUGCCUCUGCAACAGACACACUCUCUGCAAAAACUACAUUUACAACAGCAACUACAACAACAACACUUCCGACAAACACAACUGUUCCUUUAACAAGCACAACACUAAUUCCAAAAAUUACAACUUCUGAUAUGGCAAGCACAACUGUCUUGGCAACAAGCACAACCUUUGGUCAAACUUCAACAAUCAUUACUUCAUCAACUACAGCUACAGCACCAACCACAACAAACACAACUGUUGCUCCAACAAGCACAACAACAAUUUCAAAAACCACACCUGCUGCUUUAACCAGCACAACUCUCUCUGCAACAGGUACAACCUUUGGACAAACAUCAACAACUCUUGCUUCAUCAACUACAACUACAUCACCAGCCACAACAAACACAACUGUUGGUCCAGCCAGCACACCUGUCUCUGCAACAGGUACAACCUUUGAUCAAACAUCAACAAUUCUUGCUUCUUCAACUACAACUGCAGCUCCAAACCCAACACCACUUCCAACAAACACAACUGUUGCUUCAACCAGCGCAAUUGUCUCUGCAACGGGCACAACCUUUGGGCAAACAUCAGCAACUCUUGCUUUAAAAACUACAGCUACAGCACCAACCACAACAAACACAACUGUUGCUCCUGCCAGCACAACUGUCUCUGCAACAGGCACAACCUUUGGGCAAACAUCAGCAACUCUUGCUUCAUCAGCUACAGCAAUAGCACCAACCACAACAGUUGCUUCAACCAGCACAACUGUCUCUGCAACGGGCACAACCUUUGGGGAAACAUCAGCAACUCUUGCUUCAUCAACUACAGCUACAGCACCAACCACAACAAACACAACUGUUGUUCCAGCCAGCACAACUGUCUCUGCAACAGGCUCAAGCUUUGGGCAAACAUCAGCAACUCUUGCUUCAUCAACUACAGCAAUAGCACCAACCACAACAAACACAACUGUUGCUCCAGUCAGCACAAUUGUUUCUGCAACAGGCACAACCUUUGGGCAAACAUCAGCAACUCUUGCUUCAUCAACUAUAUCUACAGCACCAACCACAACAAACACAACUGUUUCUCUAGCCAGCACAUCUGUUUCUGAAACAGGCACAACCUUUGGGCAAACAUCAACAACUAUUUCUUCAUCAACUAUAGCUACAGCAUCAACCACAACAAACACAACUGUUGCUCCAGCCAGCACAACUGUCUCUGCAACGGGCACAACCUUUGGGCAAACAUCAACAACUAUUGCUUCAUCAACUAUAGCUACAGCACCAAUCACAAUAAACACAACUGUUGCUCCAGCCAGCACAACUGUCUCUGCAACGGGCACAACCUUUGGGCAAACAUCAGCAACUCUUGCUUCAAUAACUACAGCUACAGCACCAACCACAACAAACACAACUGUUGCUCCAGCCAGCACAUCUGUUUCUGCAACGGGCACAACCUUUGGCCAAACAUCAGAAUCUCUUGCUUCAUCAACUACAGCAAUAACACCAACCACAACAAACACAACUGUUGCUCCAGUCAGCACAACACUCUCUGUGACAGGCACAACGUUUGAGCAAACAUCAACAACACUUGCUUCAUCAACUACAUCUACAGCACCAACCACAUCAAACACAACUGUUGCUCCAGCCAGCACAACUGUCUCUGCAACGGGCACAACCUUUGGGCAAACAUCAGCAACUCUUGCUUCAAUAACUACAGCUAUAACACCAACCACAACAAACACAACUGUUGCUCCAGCCAGCACAUCUGUUUCUGCAACAGGCACAACCUUUGGCCAAACAUCAGAAUCUCUUGCUUCAUCAACUACAGCAAUAACACCAACCACAACAAACACAACUGUUGCUCCAGUCAGCACAACACUCUCUGUGACAGGCACAACGUUUGAGCAAACAUCAACAACACUUGCUUCAUCAACUACAUCUACAGCACCAACCACAUCAAACACAACUGUUGCUCCAGCCAGCACAACUGUCUCUGCAACGGGCACAACCUCUGGGCAAACAUCAGAAACUCUUGCUUCAUCAACUACAGCAAUAACACCAACCACAACAAACACAACUGUUGCUCCAGUCAGCACAACACUCUCUGUGACAGGCACAACGUUUGAGCAAACAUCAACAACACUUGCUUCAUCAAUUACAGCUACAGCACCAACCAUAACAAACACAACUGUUGUUCCAGCCAGCACAACUGUCUCUGCAACAGGCUCAUACUUUGGGCAAACAUCAGCAACUCUUGCUUCAUCAACUACAGCAAUAGCACCAACCACAACACACACAACUGUUGCUCCAGUCAGCACAAUGCUCUCUGCAACAGGCACAACCUUCGGGCAAACAUCAACAACUCAUGCUUCAUCAACUACAGCGAUAACACAAACCACAAUAAACACAACUGUUGCUCUAGCCAACACAACUGUUUCUGCAACAGGCACAACCUUUGGGCAAACAUCAACAACUAUUGCUUCAUCAACUAUAGCUACAGCACCAACCACAACAAACACAACUGUUGCUCCAGCCAGCACAACUGUCUCUGCAACGGGCACAACCUUUGGCCAAACAUCAGAAUCUCUUGCUUCAUCAACUACAGCAAUGGCACCAGCCACAACAAACACAACUGUUGCUCCAGUCAGUACAAUGCUCUCUGCAACAGGCACAACCUUUGAGCAAACAUCAACAACUCUUGCUUCACCAACUAUAGCUACAGCACCAACCACAACAAACACAACUGUUGCUCCAGCCAGCACAACUGUCUCUGCAACGGGCACAACCUUUGGGCCAACAUCAGCUACUCUUGCUUCAUCAACUAAAGCAAUAACACCAAACACAAAUGUUGCUCCAGCCAGCACAGCUGUCUCUGCAACAGGUCCAACUUUUAGUCAAACAUCAACAAUUCUUGCUGCCUCAGGUUCAACUGUAGUUUCAAGCACAACAAACACAACUGUUGCUCCAGCCAGCACAACUGUCUCUGCAGCAGGCACAACCUUUAGGCAAACAUCAACAACUCUUGCUUCAUCAACUACAGCUACAGCACAAACCACAACAAACACAACUGUUGCUCCUGUCAGCCCAACACUCUCUGCAACAGGCACAACCUAUGGGCAAACAUCAACAACUCUUGCUUCAUCAACUACAGCUACAGCACGAACCACAACAAACACACCUGUUGCUCCUGUCAGCCCAACACUCUCUGCAACAGGUUCAACCUUUGGGCAAACAUCAGAAUCUCUUGCUUCAUCAACUAUAGCUACAGCACCAACCACAACAAACACAACUGUUUCUUCAGCCAGCACAUCUGUUUAUGAAACAGGCACAACCUUUGGGCAAACAUCAACAACUAUUGCUUCAUCAACUACAGCUACAUCACUUAGCACAACAAACACAACUGUUGCUCCAGCCAGCACAACUGUCUCUGCAACAGGCUCAACCUUUGGGCAAACAUCAGAAUCUCUUGCUUCAUCAACUACAGCAAUAGCACCAACCACAACAAACACAACUGUUGCUCCAGUCAGUACAAUGCUCUCUGCAACAGGCACAACCUUUGAGCAAACAUCAACAACUCUUGCUUCAUCAACUACAUCUACAGCACCAACCACAUCAAACACAACUGUUGCUCCAGUCAGGACAACUGUCUCUGCAACAGGCACAACCUUUGGGCAAACAUCAACAACUCAUGCUUCCUCAACUACAGCUACAGCACCAACCACAACAACUGUUGGUUCAGCCAGGACAACUGUCUCUGCAACAGGCCCAACCUUUAGUCAAACAUCAACAGUUCUUGCUGCUUCAGGGUCAACUGCAGUUCCAAGCACAACAAACACAACUAUUGCUCCAGCCAGCACAACUGUCUCUGCAACAGGCACAACCUUUGGGCAUACAUCAGCAACCCUUGCUUCAUCAACUACAGAAAUAGCACCAACCACAACAAACACAACUGUUGUUCCAUCCAGCACAACUGUAUCUGCAACAGGCACAACCUUUGGGCAAACAUCAACAAUUCUCACAUCAUCAUCUACAGCUACAGCACCAACCACAACAAACACAAUUCUUGCACCAACAAGCACAACAACAAUUCCAAAAACCACAGCUGCUGCUUCAACAAGCACAACUGUCUCUGCAACAGGCCCAACCUUUAGUCAAACAUCAACAAUUAUUGCUGCUUCAAGUACAACUGCAACUCCAACAAACAUAACUGUUGAUUCAACCAGCACAUCUGUCUCUGCAACAGGCACAACCUUUGGUAAAACAUCAACAAUUCUCACUUCAUCAACUACAGCUUCAGCACCAACCACAACAAACACUAUUGUUGCACCAACAAGCACAACAACAAUUCCAAAAAACACAGCUGCUGCUUCCACAAGCACUUUUUCUGCAGCAGGCCCAACCUUUAGUCAAACAUCAACAAUUCUUGCUGCUUCAAGUACAACUGCAGCUCCAAGCUCAACAAACACAACUGUUGCUCCAGCCAGCACAACUUUCUCUGCAACAGGCACAACCUUUGGUCAAACAUCAACAACUCUCGCUUCAUCAAUUACAGCUACAGCACCAUCAACAACAAACACAACUGUUGCUCCAACAAGCACAACAAUAAUUCCAAAAACCACAGCUGCUGUUACAACAACUACAUCUGUCUCUGCAACAGGCCCAACCUUUGGUCAAACAUCAACAAUGCUUGCUGCUUCAAGUACAGCUGCAGCUCCAAACACAUCUGUUGCUCCAACCAGCACAACAACAAAUCCAAAAAACACAUCUGAUUCAACAAGCACAACUCUUACUGCAACAGGCCAAACCUAUGGUCAAACAUCAACAACUCUCAAUUUAACAGCUACAGCUACAGAACCAAGCAAAACAACACUUUCAACAAACACAAAUGUUGUUCCAUCCAGCACAACUGUCUCUGCAACAGGUGCAACCUUUGGUCCAACAUCAACAACUCUUGCUUCAUCAGUUAUAGCCACAGCACCAACCACAACAAGCACAAUUGUUGCACCAACAAGCACAACAACAAUUCCAAAAACCCCACCUGCUGCUUCAACAAGCACAACUGUCUCUACAACAGGCCCAACCUUUGAUCAAACAUCAACAAUGCUUGCUGCUUCAAGUACAGCUGCAGCUCCAAGCACAACAAACACAACUGUUGUUCCAGCCAACACAACUGUCUCAGCAACAGGUGCUACCUUUGGUCAAAUAUCAACAACUCUUGUUUCAUCAAUUACAGCGCCAACCACAACAAACACAAUUGUUGCUCCAACAAGCACAACAACAAUUCAAAAAACCAUAGCUGCUGAUUCAACCAACACAACUAUCUCUUCAACAAGCACAACCUUUGCUCAAACAUCAACAAUUGUCAUUUUACCAACUUCAACUACAACACAAACCACAAUAACACUUCCACCUGAACAAAGUGUUGCUUCCACAACUACAACUACAGUGUUCACAUCCAGAACACCUGUUACACCUGGUUCAGCAGAAGUGACAAGCAAACUGCUGUUCAACUCGUCAUCUCCAGUCCCCAGUGAAGCUCUCGUGCUUAGUGCUAUCAACAUUCUCCUGGAAUCCAGAGUUUCACAACUGAAAGAAGCAGUCAAACUGAUGAAUGUCAGCUAUGAAAAAAUCUCGGACACCUCCUAUGCAGUCUUCUUUACAUUUACCUUGAGUAACAUCAGUAUGCCAGAAGACCCAGAGCUUAUAAACAACACUUACAAGCAAGUGCAGGACAUGAUCAAUGAUGCACUAAACACUCUUCUGAAUGAUCCAAGCAGUGUGAAGUUUGAACCCAACUCCUCCAACUUCACGAGCACAUUAGACCAAAUCCAUGGCAAUAUGAAUUACACAUUUCAAGAUGGAGAUGAGAUACAACCUUUCAGUUUCCUAAAUGAGCUUCGUAAACUCAUGGGUCUAAGCACUACAAUGUCUCCGCUGACAACAAGUAGCUUCCCUGUGACGUCUUUCCAGCAAAUAUCUGGAUCCGCAGAGGUUACAAGCAAACUGGUGUUCAACUCCUCAUCUCCAGUCCCCAGUGAAGCUUUGGUGCUCAGUGCUAUCAACAUUCUCCUGGAAUCCAGACUUUCACAACUGAAAGAAACAGUCAAGCUGGUGAAUGUCAGCUAUGAAAAAAUCUCGGACACCUCCUAUGCAGUAUUCUUUACAUUUACCUUGAGUAACAUCAGCAUGCCAGAAGACCCAGAGCUUACAAACAACACUUACCAGCAAGUGCAGGAGAUGAUCAACAAUGCGCUGAACACUCUUCUGAAUGAUCCAAGCAGUGUGAAGUUUGAACCCAACUCCUCCAACUUCACGAGCACAUCAGAUCAAAUCUUUGGCAAUAUGGAUUACACUUUCCAAGAUGGAGAUGAGAUGCAACCUGUCAGCUUCCUCAAUGAGCUUCGUAAACUCAUGGGUCUGACCACUACAACAACAUCUCCGCUGUCAACAAUUGUGCCCAUUUUCAGAUCUGGAUCCGCAGAGGUUACAAGCAAACUGCUGUUCAACUCCUCAUCUCCAGUCCCCAGUGAAGCUUUGGUGCUCAGUGCUAUCAACAUUCUCCUGGAAUCCAGACUUUCACAACUGAAAGAAACAGUCAAGCUGGUGAAUGUCAGCUAUGAAAAAAUCUCGGACACCUCCUAUGCAGUAUUCUUUACAUUUACCUUGAGUAACAUUAGCAUGCCAGAAGACCCAGAGCUUACAAACAACACUUACCAGCAAGUGCAGGAGAUGAUCAACAAUGCGCUGAACACUCUUCUGAAUGAUCCAAGCAGUGUGAAGUUUGAACCCAACUCCUCCAACUUCACGAGCACAUCAGAUCAAAUCUUUGGCAAUAUGGAUUACACAUUCCAAGAUGGAGGUGUGAUGCAACCUGUCAGCUUCCUUAAUGAGCUUCGUCUGACCACCACAACAACAUCUCCACUGUCAACAAGUAGCUUCCCUGUGACGUCUUUCCAGCAAAUAUCUGGAUCAGCAGAGGUUACAAGCAAACUGGUGUUCAACUCCUCAUCUCCAGUCCCCAGUGAAGCUUUGGUGCUCAGUGCUAUCAACAUUCUCCUAGAAUCCAGAGUUUCACAACUGAAAGAAACAGUCAAGCUGGGGAAUGUCAGCUAUGAAAAAAUCUCGGACACCUCCUAUGCAGUCUUCUUUACAUUUACCUUGAGUAACAUCAGUAUGCCAGAAGACCCAGAGCUUAUAAACAACACUUACAAGCAAGUGCAGGACAUGAUCAAUGAUGCACUAAACACUCUUCUGAAUGAUCCAAGCAGUGUGAAGUUUGAACCCAACUCCUCCAACUUCACGAGCACAUUAAACCAAAUCCAUGGCAAUAUGAAUUACACAUUUCAAGAUGGAGAUGAGAUACAACCUUUCAGUUUCCUAAAUGAGCUUCGUAAACUCAUGGGUCUAAGCACUACAAUGUCUCCACUGACAACAAGUAGCUUCCCUGUGACGUCUUUCCAGCAAAUAUCUGGAUCCGCAGAGGUUACAAGCAAACUGGUGUUCAACUCCUCAUCUCCAGUCCCCAGUGAAGCUUUGGUGCUCAGUGCUAUCAACAUUCUCCUGGAAUCCAGACUUUCACAACUGAAAGAAACAGUCAAGCUGGGGAAUGUCAGCUAUGAAAAAAUCUCGGACACCUCCUACACAGUAUUCUUUACAUUUACCUUGAGUAACAUUAGCAUGCCAGAAGACCCAGAGCUUACAAACAACACUUACAAGCAAGUGCAGGACAUGAUCAACGAUGCGUUGAACACUCUUCUAAAUGAUCAAAGUAGUGUGAAGUUUAAACCCAACUCCUCCAACUUCACGAGCACAUCAGAUCAAAUCUUUGGCAAUAUGGAUUACACUUUCCAAGAUGGAGAUGAGAUGCAACCUGUCAGCUUCCUCAAUGAGCUUCGUAAACUCAUGGGUCUGACCACUACAACAACAUCUCCGCUGUCAACAAGUAGCUUCCCUGUGACGUCUUUCCAGCAAAUAUCUGGAUCAGCAGACGUUACAAGCAAACUGGUGUUCAACUCCUCAUCUCCAGUCCCCAGUGAAGCUUUGGUGCUCAGUGCUAUCAACAUUCUCCUGGAAUCAAGAGUUUUACAACUGAGAGAAACAGUCAAGCUGGUGAAUGUCAGCUAUGAAAAAAUCUCGGACACCUCCUAUGCAGCUGUCUUUACAUUUACCUUGAGUAACAUCAGCAUGCCAGAAGAGCCAGAGCUUAGAAACAACACUUACAAGCAAGUGCAGGACAUGAUCAAUGAUGCGCUGAACACUCUUCUGAAUGAUCCAAGCAGUGUGAAGUUUGAACCCAACUCCUCCAACUUCACGAGCACAUCAGACCAAAUCCAUGGCAAUAUGGAUUACACUUUCCAUGAUGGAGAUGAGAUACAACCUGUUAGCUUCCUCAAUGAGCUUCGUAAACUCAUGGGUCUGACCACCACAACAACAUCUCCACUGUCAACAAGUAGCUUCCCUGUGACGUCUUUCCAGCAAAUAUCUGGAUCAGCAGAGGUUACAAGCAAACUGGUGUUCAACUCCUCAUCUCCAGUCCCCAGUGAAGCUUUGGUGCUCAGUGCUAUCAACAUUCUCCUAGAAUCCAGAGUUUCACAACUGAAAGAAACAGUCAAGCUGAUGAAUGUUAGCUAUGAAAAAAUCUCGGACACCUCCUAUGCAGUCUUCUUCACAUUUACCUUGAGUAACAUCAGCGUGCCAGAAGAGCCAGAGCUUAGAAACAACACUUACCAGCAAGUGCAGGACAUCAUCAACAAUGCACUGAACACUCUUCUCAAUGAUCCAAGCAGUGUGAAGUUUGAACCCAGCUCCUCCAACUUCACGAGCACAUCAGACCAAAUCGAUGGCAAUAUGGAUUACACUUUCCAAGAUGGAGAUGAGAUACAACCUGUCAGCUUCCUCAAUGAGCUUCGUAAACUCAUGGGUCUGACCACUACAACAACAUCUCCGCUGUCAACAAGUAGCUUCCCUGUGACGUCUUUCCAGCAAAUAUCUGGAUCAGCAGAGGUUACAAGCAAACUGGUGUUCAACUCCUCAUCUCCAGUCCCCAGUGAAGCUUUGGUGCUCAGUGCUAUCAACAUUCUCCUAGAAUCCAGAGUUUCACAACUGAAAGAAACAGUCAAGCUGGGGAAUGUCAGCUAUGAAAAAAUCUCAGACACCUCCUAUGCAGUUGUCUUCACAUUUACUUUGAGUAACAUCAGCGUGCCAGAAGACCCAGAGCUUAAAAACAACACUUACCAGCAAGUGCAAGACAUGAUCAACAACGCGCUGAACACUCUUCUCAAUGAUCCAAGCAGUGUGAAGUUUGAACCCAGCUCCUACAACUUCACGAGCACAUCAGACCAAAUCGAUGGCAAUAUGGAUUACACUUUCCAAGAUGGAGAUGAGAUACAACCUGUCAGCUUCCUCGAUGAGCUUCGUAAACUCAUGGGUCUGACCACAACUUCUCCGCUGCCAACAAGUAGCUUUCCUGUGACGUCUUUCAAGCAAAUAUCUGGAUCAGCAGACGUUACAAGCAAACUGGUGUUCAACUCGUCAUCUCCAGUACCCAGUGAAGCUUUAGUGCUCAGUGCUAUCAACAUUCUCCUGGAAUCCAGAGUUUCACAACUGAAAGAAGCAGUCAAACUGAUGAAUGUCAGCUAUGAAAAAAUCUCGGACACCUCCUAUGCAGUCUUCUUUACAUUUACCUUGAGUAACAUCAGUAUGCCAGAAGACCCAGAGCUUAUAAACAACACUUACAAGCAAGUGCAGGACAUGAUCAAUGAUGCACUAAACACUCUUCUGAAUGAUCCAAGCAGUGUGAAGUUUGAACCCAACUCCUCCAACUUCACGAGCACAUCAGAUAAAAUUUUUGGCAAUAUGGAUUACACAUUCCAAGAUGGAGGUGAGAUGCAACCUGUCAGCUUCCUCAAUGAGCUUCGUAAACUCAUGGGUCUGACCACUACAACAACAUCUCCGCUGUCAACAAGUAGCUUCCCUGUGACGUCUUUCCAGCAAAUAGCUGGUUCAGCAGAGGUUACAAGCAAACUGGUGUUCAACUCCUCAUCUCCAGUCCCCAGUGAAGCUUUGGUGCUCAGUGCUAUCAACAUUCUCCUGGAAUCUAGAGUUUCACAACUGAAAGAAACAGCCAAGCUGGGAAAUGUCAGUUACGAAAAAAUCUCUGACGCCUCCUAUGCAGUCUUCUUUACAUUUACUUUGAGUAACAUCAGCAUGCCAGAAGAGCCAGAGCUUAGAAACAACACUUACAAGCAAGUGCAGGACAUGAUCAACGAUGCGCUGAACACUCUUCUGAAUGAUCCAAGCAGUGUGAAACUUGAUCCCAGCUCCUCCAACUUCACGAGCACAUCAGACCAAAUCCAUGGCAAUAUGGAUUACACUUUCCAUGAUGGAGAUGAGAUACAGCCUGUUAGCUUCCUCAAUGAGCUUCGUAAACUCAUGGGUCUGUCCACUACAACAAUUUCUCCCCUGCCAACAAGUAACUUCCCUGUGACGUCUUUCCAACAAAUAUCUGGAUCAGCAGACGUUACAAGCAAACUGGUGUUCAACUCGUCAUCUCCAGUACCCAGUGAAGCUUUAGUGCUCAGUGCUAUCAACAUUCUCCUGGAAUCCAGAGUUUCACAACUGAAAGAAACAGUCAAGCUGGUGAAUGUCAGCUAUGAAAAAAUCUCGGACACCUCCUAUGCAGUCUUCUUUACAUUUACCUUGAGUAACAUCAGCAUGCCAGAAGACCCAGAACUUAGAUACACCACUUACCAGCAAGUGCAGGACAUGAUCAACGAUGCACUGAACACUCUUCUGAAUGAUCCAAACAGUGUUAAACUUUAUCCCAGCUCCUCCAACUACACGAGCACAUCAGACCAAAUCCACGGCAAUUUGGAAUACACCUUCCAAGAUGGAGAUGAGAUACAACCUGUCAGCUUCUUAAAUGAGCUUCGUAAAUUGAUGGGACUCACCACUACAACAUCUCCGCUGUCAACAAGUAGUUUUCCUGUGACGUCGUUCCAGCAAAUAUCUGGUUCAGCAGAGCUUACAAGCAAAUUGGUGUUCAACUCCUCAUCUCAGUCCCCAGUGAAGCUUUGGUGCUCAGUGCUAUCAACAUUCUCCUAGAAUCUAGAGUUUCACAACUGAAAGAAACAGUCAAGCUGAUGAAUGUUAGCUAUGAAAAAAUCUCGGACACCUCCUAUGCAGUCUUCUUUACAUUUACUUUGAGUAACAUCAGCAUGCCAGAAGACCCAGAGCUAAGAAACAACUCUUACAAGCAAGUGCAGGACAUGAUCAAUGAUGCG